GCUAAGCUAGUUUUUAUACUACUUCCAUAUAUCCAAUAUAUAGUGUGCUCCAAUGAUUUCUCGAAAACACCAACACCCCAUCAUAAAGAAGUCUCCCCAUCCACAAAAUGUCCAUAUUUUUUAAAAUGAAACUUCUGAUAAUACAGACAUUCAUGCCUUGAUUCUUGAAGAACGGUGUUCCAAGUCUUUUUUUGAGUCAAGUAGUUGGCUCAGUUAAAAUAUUGUUGUCAUUUUAAUUUCCUGUGAAGGGUCUUUAUUACCUGUGGUAUUAGAGAGUAGGGUCCCUUACUAGUAGGGUGCAUGGUUUGGCCUAAGUGGCUAUUCUAUCUCUCUCUUUUCACAUGCUUAGUUCAAAGUCCUAUAUAUGUGUGUGUGCUUAUGCAUUCCUCUUGGCUAGCUCAAAUUGGAGCAUUUCCAUACCAUUAACAGCUCUUUGUGAAGAGGGGUUGGAGCUGUUUUUUCUUCUUUGAAACACCAAUGGCUGUUUUCUUCGUGGUUCUUGUGGUAGUUCUCUUUUUGUUCGGUAUCUCCUCUGCUUUGUUGAGGUGGAAUGAGGUGAGAUAUAGGAAGAAAGGGUUGCCUCCAGGCACCAUGGGAUGGCCAAUCUUUGGAGAGACCACUGAGUUUCUAAAGCAAGGCCCGAACUUCAUGAAAAAUCAGAGCGCAAGGUAUGGGAGUUUUUUCAAAUCCCACAUUCUGGGGUGUCCUACCAUUGUUUCCAUGGAUCCAGAGCUCAACAGGUACAUACUAAUGAAUGAGGCAAAAGGCCUUGUUCCUGGUUACCCUCAGUCCAUGUUGGAUAUCUUAGGCAAUUGCAACAUUGCAGCAGUUCAUGGCUCCACUCACAAGUACAUGAGAGGGGCAUUGUUAUCCCUCAUCAGCCCCACCAUGAUCAGAGAACAACUUUUGCCAACAAUUGAUGAGUUCAUGAGAACCCACCUCAGCGAUUGGGAUUCCAAAAUUAUUGACAUUCAACAAAUGACUAAAGAGAUGGCCCUUCUUUCUGCACUCAAACAAAUUGUUGGCAUUGAUUCUAGCUCAAUAUCUCAAGCAUUCAUGCCUGAGUUUUUCAAGCUGGUUUUAGGCACUUUGUCAUUGCCGAUUGACCUUCCUGGCACUAAUUAUACGCGUGGAGUCCAGGCGAGAAAAAAAAUCAUAAGCAUGUUUAGGAAGGUAAUACAAGAGAGGAGGGCGUCAAAAUUAUCGCACCAGGACAUGCUUGGUAAACUGAUGAGAACUCAAGAAAAUAAAUACAAAUUAACAGAUGAAGAAAUAAUUGAUCAGAUAAUCACAAUUCUGUACUCUGGCUACGAAACGGUUUCGACUACUUCAAUGAUGGCAGUCAAGUAUUUGCAUGAUCACCCAACAGUCCUUCAAGAGCUAAGAAAAGAGCAUUUGGCAGUAAGAGAAAAGAAAAGGCCUGAGGACCCAAUUGAUUUGAAUGAUCUUAAACCGAUGCGUUUUACUCGUGCCGUGAUUCUUGAGACCUCAAGAAUGGCGACGAUAGUAAAUGGGGUUUUGAGGAAGACUACUAGAGAAAUGGAACUGAAUGGAUUUGUGAUUCCAAAAGGAUGGAGGAUCUAUGUUUACACAAGAGAGAUAAACUAUGAUCCACAUAUAUAUCCUGACCCUUUAUCCUUCAACCCAUGGAGAUGGCUGGACAAAAGUCUGGAGUCUCAAAACUAUCUCUUCAUUUUUGGAGGAGGUGCUAGGCAGUGUCCAGGGAAGGAGCUAGGAAUAGCUGAAAUCUCAACUUUCCUUCAUUAUUUCGUAACUCGAUACAGAUGGGAAGAGGUUGGAGGGGACACACUAAUGAAAUUUCCAAGAGUUGAAGCACCAAAUGGGCUACACAUAAGGGUCUCAUCUCACUAACUAAUCAGUGACCUGUGGGUGUACAGAAAAGAAGAGGGAGAUAAUGUUGUUCUAACAGAAAGUGAGCGACUUCAAGCUAGUGUUAAUUUCCAUUUUUGGCUAUAUAAUAAUCCUGUUCAUUUUCCAUUUCUUCCCCUUUCUGCCUUUCUGGUAGGAUAUACAGCUUAUCAAGUAAUGCCACAGUAUCCAAGCCUGAGAAUUCCUUCAUCUUCCUGCAGAAUUUGCUAUCACAAUUUAACGAAAAUAAAAAUGGGAUUGAGAGAGAUGGGGCCUUGAGCCCUCUGCUGUUAAAGCCUAGCCCGAGAGACAAGAAAGACCAGGCUCAAUGAAUGUUUGAACUUUGAACAUGUAAUUAAGUAAAGCCCUUGAAAUAGAAUGAUAGCUUCAUUUAUGCCCAAA